AUGCGCAGACGCUCAACUUUCAUUACACACCCAAGUCGAGCAGUGAACCCAGCAGACAUCCAAGUCUACGAGAACCAACUGCUCCUGGGCGCGCUAAAGGCAGCUCGAGAAGAACGACUGACACUUGGUCUGAAGGAGCUUCCAGAGGAGGUAGUAGAGGUUCUCCAAGAAGCUCACGAACUUCAUAUACGAUGGACGCGCGAAGAGACCUACCACAGUUCGCCGCCAUUCUUAUCCAGAACAUCUCCCGGUCUACACGUCCAAUACACCCCCUUGAAAGAAGACCAGCCCGACCACCUAUGCAAGCUCCUUCAAAAGGUCUUCGGUGACCAGGUCCACUGCAAGUCCCCAAAAGCAACCUUCAUUAGCCCGCCCUUGAUCUCAGAACGUUUCGCGCAGACAGCUUCGUCACAUUACUACACCCUCCUUCCGACUGUCAGACACCUGGCAAGCUACCUCCAACGGACCAUCUGCAAACCCUCGGACCUCUCUUGUAUCCAUACAGCUACCCUCCUGAACCUAGCGGACGUGAUCGACUUCGACUAUGACAGCAUCUCACAUGCUCUCAUACUGACGGUGCAGUGGUCGAAACAACCAGAAGUCAUCUGGGACCCCAUUGGGGACUUUACGACCUUUGACGCCUGGAACCUUGACAUCCAGUCCUCUCCAAACGACAAAGUCGAAGUUGGCAUACUAAGUCCAUCACCCGCAACUGAGCCCUCGGAUCUCCAGCUCUCUGGAUUCCUCACGACGGUCGGAAGCGACGACCACCCCAAAGCCACGCUCUUCAGUUUUCCCUCGCGCCACCACACUCUUGGCCCAGCACAGCGGCGCGACCAACGAUACACAGUGUCUUUCGAACAGCCGACCGGCCUACACCCGAUCCUGAAGAUAUCUUUCCCUAAUGGCGAGUCUCUCGUCGAACCGCAGACCAAACCACCGGGAAGCGUCUGCGCCCUCCAGACGUACGUGACCCUCCCGUCGCAUCUCUUCGCCGACAAAUAUGCCUUUCUGAGCAACGACCCGCUGUUUCAAAAGUCCCAUAAUCUAGGACAACUGCACUCUAUCGCAGGCGAGACUGACCUCGAAGCCCCCGACUAUGUCGUUGACCGAUGGGGAUCCACGAUGCUACUCGACAUCCGCACUCCAGAUACGGAUGAAGGCGGGGAGGAGAACAAGAAGAAGCACGACGAAAGAACCGCUUCAUCCACGCAGUGGAAUGUGACGAUCCCUCUUCAUCUACGCUACCUUGAGCCAAGCUCAGGAGGACACUCCGAAGUUGAAAUGCCAUGGCCGAUUGUCUUCUGGGCCUGCACUGCCGAAGAAGGUACAAAGUUCCCCGUCAACCCUUUUGACAGAAUCCAUCUGGGCUACGAUGGGCUGUUUGGGCCACGGACGAUGUUCUACCAUCUCGAUCCUGCACCUGAAGUCGGAUCCAGCGGGAGACUCGUCGAACGUAUCUCCGUGCCUGUCUUGGACACGGAGACUGCAAGCCCACGGACUAUUGAGUUGGUGACGCUGGCCACGAUAGCUUUGGGAUUUGUAUGGGUUUUGCUCAAGCUGAGAAUUCCGAGCCUAUUGUCUUCGAGCUCUCGUGCGGAAAAGCCGGUCAUCAAGAAGAAACAGUGA